AUGAACGAAGCUGGGUCACCAGGAAACACCGUCAUGUCCUCAGCAUCGACCCCAGACCAAGCAGAAGCCCUUGCUGUUGAUCAGACACGCCCGAUCAAGCGGGCAAUCUUUGCCUGCCUCAAUUGCCGACGGCGGAAGGUGCGAUGUAAUCUCACAGGCGGACGCCCUUGCACCAAUUGCCGUUUAGACGGUUGGAAAUGCGUUGUUCCUGAUCGCAAGAGGCAGGGCCGUCGGCAACCGGUCACUCCCUUUAGACAGCGAAAUCACAGGGAACACACUGGUAGACCUUCAGUGGUUGGAAAUAAUCCACCGAAACAGGCAAAGGACUUUGGCAGGGACAAGCGCGGCGCAGGUACUAUGGUUGAACCGGCUGAGACACCUGAAAGAAUCCAAUCGCAGAACAUCUGGAAGACUGCAGGGCAACUUUGCGAUCGACCUAUUAACAAUAUGGAAGAUGGAAAUAACAGCAUCUCUUCUGAUGUCACGCUACACCAUUUCACCUACUUCUCCUUCCUCCGAGCUCCCAAUCUGGUCCGACUGGAGGAGAGUGACUUGACCUACCUACAGCACCAGAAAAGCCUACAAAUUCCGACGGGGGACUUGCUCAAUGCCCUUCUCUCUCACUAUUUUCUCUACAUUCAUCCGUGCUUGCCAAUCGUCAACGAGGCAAGAUUCUGGUCUAUCUUUCGCAGAGCGGAAGAGAAUACGGGCUCUUUCUUUUCUUUGGUCGUCUUUCAGGCCAUGCUCUUUGCUGCCUGCAGCAUCAAGGCCCUCGUAGACUUCAACGUGGAGGAUGACUCUUUAUGUAUCUCGCAGGCUGCAUUGCUUCUGUCCUUCCAUUCUUCCAGCGCAGAGAGAUUGAGUAGCACCACGUGGAUCUCCCUUGCCGUCAACCACGCGCAUGCCGUAGGUGCCCACAAAUAUAAUCCAUAUAGCAGCCUGGAAACCCACCGAUCAGACCUCAAGCGACUGUGGUGGAGCAUACUUCUCCGCGAUCGGGUCACGGCUUUGGGGUUGCGGAGGCCACUUCAAUUACAUCCUGAUCAGCUCAAAAACAUAUCACCGGAGCCGUUAGUGGUGAAUGAUUUGGUAGAUGAAAUCCACGGAUCAGAAGUUUAUGACCCCUGUACCAAGGCAACCCUUUGCAAGAUCCUCACCAGCCAGUGCCAGCUUUCGACUGUCCUAGCAACACUGAUCGCAACCUUUUACCCAAGCGAUCCCACCCAAGAGUCCGCCGAAAGUCAAGUUUCACAAGCUGAGAAUAUUGACUCCCAGUUACGUCAUUGGAAAGCGAACUGCAUGGUUCCAAUGUGUGCGCAAGAUGCCCAGACCCAUGAGUCGGUGCAGCUAUACAAGCGACUCACUUACUUUUACUAUGAAUCAGCUCGGUUAGCUUUGUAUCACAAUGCAUCGUUCCACCUCUAUGAAAGACAGCACAGACAGUCAGAACACAUCCGCUUGACGACAUCCCACGACCACAAAGGACAACAUAUGAAGAGCGCCGUCAUAGCCAUCAAUAACCAGGUAAAGUGGUUUAUCGUCAACAAAACAGUAAGCCACUUGCCUGUUAGCGUUGUCGCAUAUACCAUAUUACCCCAAUUGGUCCUGAACUUUGACGUGCACCUAUCCAAAGUCAGUGAGAAUGGCCGUCGGCACCAGAUGAAGGAUUUGAAGUUCUACACAGAACUGAUACAUAUGUGUGCUCUGCGGUACGACAUUGCUCACAUGACAGAGCGACUUCAGGAAGGUCUCUCCAUGUUUGAAUCGUCACGGUCGCCUCUCAGGUUGAGGUCCGACGCGUCUUCCACCACGGUUUCGACUCGAAGCGAGUCGAUUGACCUGGCAGGCCGGGUGCUUAUGGGCGACCCACCAGGUCUGUACUUCCAGCUUGCUGCGAGCUUGGACAUCUCGCUCUCAACUGGUCGACAGCCUAAGAUGUAUAGUCACUUUUCAUCCAUUGGCCCGUCAAUAGUAUCUCGCCCACUCGGCACGACGCCGCCUCAAACAACAUGGACUCGACAAUUGAGUUCCGAAUGUCCCGACCCUGAACCAGGACCAGGCGUAUCCGAACAACUGCCCGGAAUUGACAGCAUGGGCGAUCUUCUGACGCAGAAUUUACCGUGGGAUCCCCAUUUUCUCUCGGGCAUUGUACCAUUACUGCAGGAAUCACAUUCAAUCUCUCCGCCUAUCGAGGACAAACACAAUUCACUGCCCCCCGCGGCUGACUUGGAGCCCUGGGGCAAUCGUCAUGGCGAACCUUCGCAGCUUGACUCAUCUUCCUUUGCAUACGCGAUUCUAAGCGAAGUAGCAUUACUCGGUGAAUAG